AUGGAAAUUGUUAAAAGAUCAACAAUGCACGGAAACAAGUCUGUGCAAUAUGAGACAGUCUUGCUGCAAGCAAACAUACAUAAAGAAGCUGUGCUGGAUUGUUUCAAUAUAAUCCAACAAUUUGUAUUAUCCCCAAUUAUCCAGUGGACUAAGAAAACAUUAAAUUCAAGCAACUUUUGA